CUGGGUCAUGAGCCUUUUGCUGGUCUAAUGCAGGCCUCCCCAAAUAUAGAUGUGUGUGUGUGUGUGUGUGUGUGUGUGUGUGUGUGUGUGUGUAAAAGUAUUUAUUUAUUGUGGCCUGCAUUAGAAAAUGUAUAUUUGGGGUGGCCUACACACACACACGUAGGUAUGUGUACACACACAUGAAUACAUACACCCACACCCCUCCCACCCACCGUUGGUUUAGCAGCAUCAUGGGGGUCACGUUUUCCCCAGCCCUGCUUAUACAAAUCCACCAUCGCUGACUUACUCUGUUUGAACGUGUAGGGCUUGGCUAUGCCAUCAUAAUCUCUGGCUACGGUCUCUUUCUAUCUUCUUCUUCUUGAUCUAAAGCUGUUGCCAAGAGAAGGACGGAAGGAAAGGUUGGAAUUAAGCUUUACCUACGCUAGAAUUUGGACAUCCAGCUGAGAUCAGGAAGAGAGUUGUUUAAAGGAACAUAAAACCAGAAAACAUGGAUAGACUUCUACGACUUGGAGGAGGUAUGCCUGGUCUGGGACAGGGGCCUCCUACUGAUGCUCCUGCAGUUGACACUGCUGAACAGGUUUACAUCUCUUCCCUUGCGCUUUUGAAGAUGUUGAAGCAUGGUCGAGCUGGUGUUCCCAUGGAAGUUAUGGGGCUGAUGCUUGGAGAAUUUGUUGAUGACUAUACUGUCAGAGUGAUUGAUGUGUUUGCUAUGCCACAGUCGGGAACGGGGGUCAGCGUAGAGGCGGUUGAUCCUGUGUUUCAAGCCAAAAUGUUGGAUAUGCUAAAGCAGACUGGAAGACCUGAAAUGGUUGUUGGCUGGUAUCACAGUCACCCUGGCUUUGGCUGCUGGUUGUCUGGUGUAGAUAUCAACACUCAGCAGAGUUUUGAAGCCCUGUCCGAAAGAGCUGUAGCUGUAGUGGUGGAUCCCAUUCAAAGCGUGAAAGGAAAGGUUGUUAUUGAUGCUUUCAGAUUGAUCAAUGCUAAUAUGAUGGUCUUGGGACAUGAACCAAGACAAACAACUUCAAAUCUGGGUCACUUAAACAAGCCAUCUAUCCAGGCUUUAAUUCAUGGAUUAAAUAGACAUUACUACUCCAUUACCAUCAACUACAGGAAGAAUGAACUAGAACAGAAGAUGUUGCUCAAUUUACAUAAGAAGAGUUGGAUGGAAGGUUUAACCCUUCAAGAUUACAGUGAGCACUGCAAACUCAACGAGACAGUAGUGAAGGAAAUGCUGGAAUUAGCAAAGAACUACAACAAGGCUGUGGAGGAAGAAGAUAAGAUGACACCUGAACAGCUGGCAAUAAAAAAUGUUGGCAAGCAGGACCCCAAACGUCACUUAGAAGAACAUGUGGAUGUGCUGAUGACUUGCAACAUUGUCCAGUGUUUAGCAGCUAUGUUGGAUACUGUUGUAUUUAAAUAAUGACUUGCUUGUAAAUGCUGUUUCCAGUCUCUGAUCAUCCAUUGUUUCAAGCACUGAGACUAAGAUAUGCUUGGAUGUCAAAUACAUCAUUUGAAGUCUAAGAGCAUCUCUCUAACACCUUUUCAUCUCAGUUUAUGCAAUUACUUUGGAUAUGUUUUUAUGUCAGGGUCUUUGCAAAUUCCAGAGCAGUUCUGGAACUGAGUUAAAAAUGUGGUUGGGGGUUUGGUUUGGUUUUUCAUUUUAAUAUUUGGAAGAAAAUUAGCAGUAUAUAUAUAUUGAUUAUUGCCAUGUAGUUGUUUUUUUAAAAAAAUAACCUUAGUGUUCUGCUUGUGUUGUUCAUAAAUUGGGGAAGGGUAUAUUGUUGACAAUACUGUACAAAGUUCAACAAGCAAAGAAAUAUAUUUCUGUAAGCUGAUGGGACAUGGAGACCUGUGGCAUGUGGUCAUUUGUUGUUGUGGCACAUAUCUCUUCUAUGUAUAGGAAGCACUAAUGCGGUCUUAUUGUGUGAGGGAGGCCUGAACCCCAGAAACUUUAAAAGAGCUUGUCAGUCUUAAAAUAUAUACACAAAGCAAUACUAGGGCACUUCUAAGCUCUUCUCAGCACUGAGUUUGCUGCUGUCCUAUCCCACUCCUAUCUGUAAUUAUAACUUUUCAGGUCAGAGGAGUGUGGCUUCCAGGCAGACAUGAGCCGGUUUAUGUGGCCUUGACCGCAGGGCAGGGCAGUUCACCUUAUUGGGGAAUGACUUCAUAAAUUUGUGCAAAAGGUGGAAACAGGAUACAAUGGUAUUGGAAGAGAAUUUGGAUUGCCCAGCUUGAUGAAUGGCCCCUGCAAUGUGCUGAUUAAAAACCUUGAAAGUGGUGGCAGGUUUUUUGAGAAUGUUUAUGGUGACCCAGUUAAUUUGAGCUAUCAUUUUGAGCAAACAAGAGAGGGGCAAUUUUACAGCAGCUAACCCGGACACCUUUAUGGGAUGUGUGCCGGAAAGGGGCAGUGGGGAAGCAAGAUAUUGAAAGAAGCAUGCUAAACCAUCAAAUGCUGCACAAAACAACUACUUUUCUAAAAACCCUUGUGAGCUAAUCAUGAAACUGGCUCAAGCUUCCUGUCAUUACUGCCAUAAGCGAUGGUGAGCGUUCUGUCUUAUUUCACUACAGCUCUGUAAAGUACAGAAUUCAGUAUCUCAAAAACUUACAUUUUCAGUCGCUUUUUCCCAAUUUUUUGUUCUUGCUCUUAGGACUGCAAAGAGCCUUGAAAGUGUAUGUGAAUUCAGAAAAAAGGGUACCGGUAGUGUACACAAUGCCAGAGUAACAAACCUAUUAAAAACAAACUUGCCAUAAAAUACAAUAAUUCUUUGUCAACAAAUUCUGAAAAACACCAAAUCAAAAACAUGCCUUCGUAAAUUCUUUUAUUAUUAUUAUUUGUAAAAAAGAAACUGAAAAAUACGCAUUUAUUCAAAUAAGUAUUUGCACAUUAAAAACCAUAAGAAAAGAUGGAACCGUCAAGACUCAUUCAAGAGAGAUUUUUAACCUCUGAAAACAGUUUUGUAAACUAUCUCUUACUAAUAGAUUCGAAGGUGAAUAAAGGAAGACAAAUUUACCAAUAAAACAAUCCCGAUUUGUCUGUUUUCUUUCACUCUUAGAUAAUGUUUAAGUUCAGCCACUACAGGAGAAGUCCACAUCUUUGCUGUCCACUUUUUAAAAAUGUGCUUGCUUCCAGUACCCGGUGCAUAAAGUUCUGGUAACUACUGUCAUACAUGCUGUCUUAGUAUUCACUCUUGAAUAUGCAUUGGCAAAAGAUAGCUAACAUAUGAAAUGUAAUAGAAUUACAAUAACUUCCCUGACCCCUAGAAUUUCUGUUUGAAUAAAAAAAAAUAUUUUGUAGUUAGAAUGCAAGCCAUUGGAGCACUACAGUUUUUACACCUCACCUAGGGUAGUAGAAUCAGAAUAAAUAAUGUGAAACAAGCAAUAUUCAAACUUGACGCAGAUUGCAAAACUGGCUAUCUAGGUAUAAGAUUUGUGGGGGGUUUUGUUUUAAAAGCAAUACACACAGCCUUGAAGAUGUAAAGGAUUUUUAAUUAAAUUGAAGACUGCAGCUGAAGAGGACUGUUUUAAUUGGUUGGGAGAUUAAAAAAAUAUACUGUACAAUCAUUAUAAGGAACAGCUGAGGGGGGUUGGGUAUGUUUGUCCAGAAAAAGAGGAGAUACGGCUGUCAUCUUCAAAUACCAUCUAAAGGGCUAUCGCAUGGAAGAUGCAGCAAGCUUGUUUUCUC